GCACCAUUGUAAAUCGCGACCAAAGCCAAUAUCGGCCACUUUUACUUAGAGGCCUCUAAACUUCCUCAAGAAAUGCUUUAUUCAUAGCUCAUGUCCCUGGGAGUCAAAACUGUAUGGAGAGCUCAUGCCUGUGCCUCAGCCGCCAGUGGGCUCUCCCUGAGUCCCAGGGAUCUUCCUCGAAUUCUCCCCCUCAACCCAAGAACCCGGCAAAUGCGAUGGGAAUCAACUCAAGCCACUAAGUCGACUCGGUCGAACAGUCCAGUCGAGACGAGCGAAACGACCAAGGCUGACGAGCUUAUCGAGCCGCCCAGUAUCGUUCGCAAAGUUCCCCCCAAGCCAGUCGAACUGCCUGCAAUACCCGAGGAACCAAGCGACGUCACGGUCAUCAAUGCCUCGCCUUCUGCAGUACGGCGCUCGGUCUUGCGGAGCGUCGUGAAGCAAAGGGCAAGCACCGAUAGCAUGAACCCCGUACUUGUUAAGCCGGUGCAGUGGUAUCCCAGCAAGCAUGAGGUUGUGAGGAGUGUUCGAAAGAGUUAUCGCAGCAAAGCGAUACAGGAUCUCUGGGCAUAUGCACGGGAGAGAGAAGAAAAGCUUGGUGUCGAUUGGCGAAGCGUCGUGAGCUUUUUGUCGAAGGUCACUCCCAAGUUUGGGUCUAUUUUCGAUUUCAAGGUCACAGUUGGUAAAGGAGCUGCGCACGAGGUACGGAAACUAUUGCCACGAGGACCUACUGCCGAACCUGGACAGUUGCAACAAAGCACACGAGCUCUCGUCCGUGUCGAUCAUGUGGACAACUCUGAAGGAACCCUGCAUUUGACCUUGACCGGCUCGGCACAUUCCGUUCGUAUGGCUUUGCUAGACUUACUCAAGACGUCAGGUCAUAUCAUGGCUGUCAGAGUUUUGGACAGUGACUCCCAAGGCAUGCUUCGCGACCUAUGGCAGCAGCAGCGGAAUGAUCUAAAUUCUGUGAAACUGUUGCCACUGGGGGAGACCAGUUCCGGGGAUUUUCCUAUUAAACACACGGCUACGAAGGAGACACAAUCUGACGAUCGUGUUCUUACCCUGACAAGAGAACAAACACCCUCGGUCUUUCAACUCCAAAAUCGAAGGCAAUAUAGAUUGACUCGAAGGGCCGACCAAAUCCCUAGACCUACUAUUUGGACACGGGCUUCGGUCGAGGCCUACAUAGCACUUCUCGUGUACGGGGUGGUACCAUCCGACUUGAAGGCCUCGUUGUAUAAGGAUCAUUCCGACCAUCAGCAUAUCGUUGUGUCAUCGCUAAUGGACAUCUUCAAUGAUGAACAAGCUCGAAAAUCUCUGACUCCGAACGGUUUGGCCAUGGCAUUGGCAUACAUCCAGGACAGGAAGCUCGCUUUCAGACCAGCCGCGCGAGCCAUCUUCAACCAAGCUGAAAUCCACAACUUGCCCUUGGAUACGAGAAUUUGUAACCUUUUCCUGAGAGGCUCUGCAAUAUCAGGGGAUCUGGAUGGCUUUGAUGCCAUGUUGAAAAUGAUGGCGAGGAAGAAUCUCCAUGCUGAUAGCGAAUCAUGGAUCUCAUUGUUAACGCUUGUGGAAGAGAUCGAUGCAAAACGUUACAUACUAGGCAAGAUGCGCAAGAAAGGACUAGAUCGAAUCCAGUCAGCAGUUGUCAAGGCAGGUCGACAUAUGGCCCCUUUCGAACUUGAGAAUUUCAUCAAGCAAACACGACCGAUGAAGGAAUUUGUCGAACACCAAGACGACCUUCAUGGGAUGAUGUGGCUUAACCAGCCUACGCUGAACAGGCUCGUGGAUAUGCUGGGUAGACAUGGCAAGCACGGCAUGAUUGACGAGCUGCUAAAUCUGGUUCACGACUCCCGACGUACAGUGCCCAAUGCCAUCACCUUGAAUGCCAUCAUCACCCACAACAGAAGCACUCGGCAAAUUUUGGAGACAAUCCGGAUGUUUCAGACUAGAUGGCCUGCAGCAACUAUUUUCGACGAAGAUACCUACGAUAUGCUCUUUCGAAUUGCGUGGAAGACCAGGAGCCCUAACAUGAUUAGUGUGAUUUGGCAUUACGCCAGCUUCGAUAGACAGGCCAGCUCCAAGAUGAAACAUGAUAUACACAAAUUUCUGAGGCAAGACAAAGAUCUGGGUCGCAUGUCGAUGCUCAAGAUGUGGGAAGGCCCGAUCGUUGGGGAAGCUGCGCUCACUCUACUGCGCUCGCAGCACACAAAUACUCUGGGGGCAACUAUCGCCAGAUGGCAUGGAGCCAAAGCUCAUCUCUUCAAGCCGACUCAUUCUUUCGGUGCUAAGCUUGUCGAGGCAUACGAGACAGACCGAAAGCUACACGCGAAGAUCAAGGAAGGCGACCCGAUGACAGCGUCUAUGAGGGAGCAGCUGAUGGUAGAUAUCCCACUGAGGCGUCGGGAGUAUAGACGGCUAUCGCUGGUGGCCCCGGCGACGAAAAGGACGCCAGAACCAAGUGGUGGUUCCUCUAGAGAAAACAAAGAAAGUAAAUUGUAUCUCGUAUAGACGGCACGCCCUCGGUUAUGAAGGGCUCGUCUUUUGUAAACUAAGGAUUGCAUUACAUAAAGGCAUUGGAGGUUGCAUUGGCAUAAAUAUUUUUAAGGCACUGGCGUUUGUGUAGAUGUAACAUAGCCGACAAACAUAUACCCAUGUCAUUUAUUAAAUUGAACUACUUUCCCGUGAGGCGUCAAAUGUUUCCAUGCUCAGCUCGAAAAACGGUCGCAGAAUUGCUCAAGGCCAUGCUGAGUGCUGCUUGGAGUCUCGACGCUAUGUUAUCAAGCGCGCGGCAAUCUGAUAAGCUUAUCGUCGAUAGAUACCGUCUGCCCCACUAUAAACUUUCUGUCAACCUUCAACACCAAAAACUCCAACUCGUA